AGAACGUACCAGCGUUAGGUUUAAGUAAAGAAUUAUUAGAACUUUUUUCUCUUUAUGGAGCCAUUGAAGAAUAUCGGUAUUUGGAUGAUUAUCCAUGUGAAAAAUUUACAGAUGUAUAUUGGAUAAAAUUUCAAACAAUUGCUGAAGCUAGAGUAGCAAAGAGAAAAGUUGAUGAUCACUCUUUCUUUAGUUCUUAUUUAAGAGUACGUUACGGACCUGAAUAUGAAUCUAUCGAGGAUACACGGCAAAAAUUACAGGAUAGACGUAAUGUUGUUGCGAUUAAAACUCGUGAACAUACUGAUGAAAAUAAAGAUGCUAAAUCAACAACACCUAAUACUACCACCUUUCCGUCAGCAUAUUCUACGACAGAAUCCAUAUCAUCAUCUUCAUUACCACCCGUAAACGUUUAUCAACAAAUUUACGAUAAUACUAAUUAUACGUAUUCGGAUUACUAUUAUUCAUAUCCUUAUUCAAUGUAUUAUAGUCAAGAGCCACAACGUAACCCAGAACCACCAAUACCAGGUGUCGAUUAUCAACAUAACCAAGAACCACCAAUACCAGGUAUCGAUUACGAAUCCACAAGCUUUGCUACAAAAUCAUAUCCUCAACCCUAUGAUUCACAAUUAUCCACAAUUCUUUCAAUACGGCAACGAUUAAAAGAAGCUUCAACAUUACCACAAAAUAAUGAAAGUAAUAUGCAAUCAGAAGAAUCAAAAUCAAAAACAACAUCAGAAAGAUCGUUAUCUAUUUCAGAGCCUAAGAAACGUCGAAGAAUUUAA